AUUCUCCUUUCCUCCUCGUUAACCUAAUUAUCUAUUCCCCAAACCCCAGCCAAGGGUUAGUUAAGAAACCCUAGUUUAAUCUCUACCCCUGGGUUAUAACUAGGGUUUUAGUAACUUUGUAAACCUUUGUUGAACGCAGUUGCACAGCCGGUAGAGUAGAAGAGGAAGGGAAGAAGAGGGAUUUUAGGCUGUGAAGAAGAUCAGAAGAGGAGAUCAGAUUGAAAAAGAAUGGUGAGCGGAUCAGGAGUGUGCGCCAAAGCAGUAGUGGUGGAUGCACGACACCACAUGCUCGGACGCCUUGCCUCCAUUCUGGCGAAGGAGCUCCUCAAUGGCCAACGAAUUGUGGUUGUGCGCUGUGAAGAGAUCUGUUUGUCUGGUGGACUUGUACGCCAGAAAAUGAAGUAUCUGCGCUUCUUAAGAAAGCGAAUGAAUACCAAGCCAUCCCAUGGCCCCAUCCAUUUCAGGGCACCUUCCAGAAUUCUUUGGAGGACAAUUAGAGGGAUGAUUCCACACAAAACUAAGCGGGGUGAAUUAGCCCUUGCCAGGCUAAAGGCGUAUGAAGGAGUUCCUCAUCCAUAUGACAAGACAAAGAAAAUGGUCAUUCCAGAUGCCCUGAAAGUUCUGAGGCUUCAGCCAGGUCAUAAAUACUGCCUGCUAGGAAGGCUUUCUCAUGAAGUAGGCUGGCAUCACUAUGAUACUAUCAAGGAAUUGGAAGAAAAGAGAAAGGCAAGAUCUCAGGUCGCUUAUGAAAGGAGGAAGCAAUUAGCAAAAUUGAGAGCAAAGGCAGAAAAGGCAGUCGAUGAGCAGAUUGCUACUCAGAUCGAAAUUUUAGCACCAAUCAAGUAUUAGACAAGUUGUCUUGUACCUGCUUAAUUGAUCACUCAAUUUUGAGUGACAAAAAGUACAAAAUUAUCUACCACUUGAUGGUUUGAACAGGAAAGAUAUUUUAAGCAAACAUCAUUUGUUUUAUUUGUAGGUUAGAGAUCAACUAACUUAUUUUAAGUAUUUUUCCAUGUUGAGGGCUCAGUCCUAUUGUUAUAGCAUGGCCAGUUUGUUUGAGGUAGUUAAAGCUGUAUAACAUAUAGAGAUUUCUGUAUUUCAGUUGAGCAGUAAUUUUUCUUUUAUGUUAAAGCUUAGUCAUUCCCGUGUUAUUACUCUUA